AUGACUCUUACUAGUCUUGACUCCCUGGCAUUGCCUCCUCGCUUGAAGCAUUCCGAAUACGAAUUUGCACCUGAUGAGCCUAUUUACGAUCCUGACAUUCAUUUGUCUUUGACUGAACCUGAUUUUGUCGUGCUACUCGACGGUUUUCGUCGUGUUUCCAAAGCGCCUAAACUCAAUCAACCGGUAGCACCCAACGGUGAUAGUCAAGUGGCCUACACCGGUCCAUUUCGACUUCUGAGCGACGAAGGCUAUCGAGUUCUGCGUAAUAUCAUUCAACGUACACUUGAACACGAAAUGGGUGAUGAGCGUCAACCGGCUUAUAUUUGUUACAAUGGCUAUCGCAGCAAAUGGAUUCAAGAUUUUAAUCGAUGUCCACGUGUACUCAAACAUUUGUCAAACAUGACUGGAGAUAUUCAGCUUCUUCCAACAGCACUUCAGUCUACUUAUAGUCAUAUCAAUAUCGGUCGUGCGACCAAAACAAAUAUCGAUGCUUGGCAUUGCGAUAGUGUGCCAUAUGUUCUCAUUCUGCUUGCCUGUGAUAUGAGCCAAACGGUCGGCGGCGAACUUCAGCUAAUCGAACGCGAACCCAAAGAAGCCUUUCGUCUUAUCGAAGAAUACAAGGGUCAAGUGCCGAAAGAUUUAAUUCGACCAAUUGACUAUCUUGGUCCGAAUUCAUGUGUGUUCAUGCAAGGCAGUCAUCUAGCACAUCGAGUCACCGGCAUUCAAUCUUGUUCAGAGCUUCGUUUCACUGUUGUUAAUUCUUAUAUCUCAACAAAUCCAUUUGCAGAAGAAUAUACACGAUAUGACACAUUUCGUAAUGAGAUCACAGCUGAUUUGGAAUUUGCUAUGCAUAAGACGUGGCGUGCAAACGCUCAAAUGCUUGAUCUAGCCGUCAGUGGUCAUCCAUGGCCAACACGCACACAAAUAGUCGAUCGUCUAACAAUGGCUAUUAAGGAAUUGACCCAGUGUCGUGAUCUACUUCAAGGCAUUCAGUCGGAUCGGUUAGGUUAUUAUGACGAAAAAAAACAAAUGAUGGGCAACUACGAUAUGCCUCCAUCUAAAUCUAUUAAGAAUGAUUAA